GCUCAGCUCUGUGGCCUGGAGCCGCCUGAGGAGACCCGGCUCCCUGCCUCCCUCCCUGCCCGCCGCCAUGGCUCACUCCCCCGUGCAGACGGGGCUGCCGGGGAUGCAGACUCUGAAGGCAGAUCCAGAAGAACUGUUUACAAAACUGGAGAAAAUUGGUAAGGGCUCUUUUGGUGAAGUUUUUAAAGGAAUUGACAAUCGGACUCAGAAAGUUGUUGCUAUAAAAAUUAUUGACCUAGAAGAAGCAGAAGAUGAAAUAGAAGACAUCCAACAAGAAAUCACAGUGCUGAGUCAAUGUGACAGUCCAUAUGUAACUAAAUAUUAUGGAUCCUAUUUAAAGGAUACAAAAUUAUGGAUAAUAAUGGAAUAUCUGGGUGGAGGCUCUGCCCUUGAUCUAUUAGAACCUGGCUCACUUGAUGAAACCCAGAUUGCUACAAUAUUGAGGGAGAUCCUCAAAGGACUUGAUUACUUGCAUUCAGAAAAGAAAAUCCACAGAGAUAUUAAAGCUGCUAAUGUACUGCUGUCUGAACAAGGAGAAGUAAAACUAGCAGAUUUUGGAGUAGCAGGACAACUAACGGAUACACAGAUAAAGAGGAACACCUUUGUGGGAACACCAUUUUGGAUGGCACCUGAAGUAAUAAAGCAAUCGGCGUACGAUUCAAAGGCAGAUAUCUGGUCAUUAGGCAUAACAGCCAUAGAACUUGCAAAAGGAGAACCACCUCAUUCAGAAUUACAUCCAAUGAAGGUUUUGUUCCUCAUUCCUAAGAACAAUCCACCAACGCUGGAAGGAAACUUCAGUAAAUCCCUCAAAGAAUUUGUUGAGGCCUGCUUAAACAAGGACCCAAGCUUUAGACCUACUGCAAAAGAGCUCUUAAAACACAAAUUCAUUUUACGAAACUCAAAGAAAACUUCUUAUCUGACUGACCUCAUUGAUAGGCACAAGAGAUGGAAAUCUGAACAAAGUCACGAUGACUCCAGUUCUGAUGACUCAGAUACUGAAGCAGAUGGUCAGGCUUCAGGUGGGAGUGAUUCAGAAGAGUGGAUCUUUACAAUAAGAGAAAAAGACCCCAAGAAUCUAGAGAAUGGGGCAGCCCAGCCUUUGGAGUUGCAAAGAAACAAGGAAAAGGAUAUCCCAAAGAGGCCCCUGUCCCAAUGUCUGUCUACAGUUAUAUCCCCUUUAUUUGCAGAGUUGAAAGAGAAAAGUGAAGUGUGCGGCGGUAACACAGAUUCCAUAGAAGAACUGAGAAAGGCUGUUUAUUUAGCUGAAGAGGCUUGUCCAGGCAUUGCAGAUAACAUGGUGUCACACCUUGUGCAGAGGCUUCAGAGAUAUUCACUAGCUGGAGGAAGUUCUUCAUCCUACUGACAUACUCUUCCUGACUUUUCUAAGACAACAGAGAUCCCACAGUGUCUGCGUUGAAGGCACGCACUCUAAUGUUGUUCUGCCUUUCAGUCUCUGGAAAGUCCUUUGGUGGAAGAACAUUCCUAACUGUGCAAGAGUGGAAACUAAGUAUUUUUGGUGGAGGCAGUCUUUUUCAGCUCCUUAAAGCUAUAAUUUUUUAAAAUGAUAAUGCACAUAUUCCAGGGAGGUGUCCUUUUGUAAAAUCUGAAAUGUAUAUCUAGGUUUGUGAUAGAGAAAUUGAAGAUAUUGAGAAACCUCAGGUAUCUUGCUUUAAGAAUUCCAUUGGGAGAUGGAGCAUGGUUGUUGGAAUUGUGUACAGAUAUGUAUAUAAUGUCUUUUUUAACAGAAAGCCUUUCAACGUGCAUAAGGAAUCACUGUGUACAAAAUGGUAAAGUGCUUUUGUAGAUAAUGUUAGUGGGGUAAAUAUUUGACAGGCUAUAACUGAGUAUUGCCUUGCCUUUAUUACAUGUAAAAUUUGAAUUAUGUGAUGAGUGAAUCUUGGUUUGAUUUUUGUAUGUGAAGUAUUUGCCAUUGAAAGAGUUAAUCCUGUUCUAUGGAAUCUUCUAUUCGUACCUCAGUACAGACAUAAUUUUAUUCUGUUUCUCCAGUAUUUCAUUCUUUUUAUCUAUAUUCUGAGCUUGGCUUUCUAAUAAUGGUUGUUUUAAAUUUCAUACACCUGGCUUCUUGAAGCUUUAAAUUUAAAUUGUUUUCCUGAAGAAUGAGCUCUUUCAUAUUUUCAGUUUUAAAUUGUGCCAAUGCAAAUUCUGAACCCUAUUGAUUGUUCAGUUUUAGUAGCAGAUAUUUGUGAAGCUUGUGAAAUUCAGAUACAAUCUUUUUUUCACCUGAACAUGUUUGAAUGCUCGCACAAAUAAAUCUUUAUUCCCUUCAUCUGUUCUGAAAUAUCUCAUUAAGGUGUUGACUCUGAGGCAGUGGCAAGUAUUUCUUUAUCAUGCCUAUUUUUAUCGUUAAAAUUAAUGUUUUGCAGCAUAGAAGAAAAAUUAUCCAUAGAUGCAAUAUUCGGUCUCGCUGCCUUGAUCUGUGCACCUCUUUACCAAAAGUGACAGAUGUUGGACACAAAGGCUGCAAAACUAAGCCCAAGUGCUAUGUGCUAGUCCUUGUGCUAGCUUGCUUAUCCAGAGAAAAGUUACUUCUUGAAAAUUCUGAAUUUUUAAAUUUCCACUGUUCCUGUGAAGGCUUUUAGAUAGCUGACAUCAGGCUAUUUUAUAGAUCUUGGAGAUAAUAGUGUUAGUUAAUUAGUUACAUGCACAGUUGACUUAGGUAGCUGCUAUUUUUAUUUUUUUUUCCCCCCACAGUAUUACUCUGGGGUUUACCUUGGCUUGUUUCACCAAGAUUAUAUUCAGGUGCUUCUUAUUCCAGUAGCUAAGAGAGCAUUUUUGCCUUCUUUUUUAUGAAGAAAUUGAUGAUUUCAUGCUUUACAUGACUGUGAGGACAGUGAGGUAACUUACCUCUUUAAUGAUUUUUCUUUUUCCUUCCCUUUUUUUUUUUUUUCUUAAUAUAGAUAUAGAUAGAAGCUUUGGAGCAGAAAGGAUUAACAUUUAUAAAUAUUGGCAUAUCUGUCUGGCUUGAUACAAAAAGGCUCAGGUCCGCUAAACAUUCUGGAAGCUGGUGAGGUCUCUUUGCAGGACUUCGUAUCUCCAUGGUAGCCCUUAGUCUAUGCAUAUUAAUAGCCUUAAUUUAUUAAUUUAAGAAUUUAACAGUAAGAGGACACUGUCUUGCAAACAGAGCUAGGAAGCUCCUGCCCAGGUUGAAAGAAAUGG